GCUCAAGUUUCUACGAUACUAACAUUUUUUUUAUAUCAAUCGCUUCUCUAUUUUAUCAAGAUUACUUUCGCAAUAAAUCGUAUUAUCCAUCUAUAGUACAUCAAUUCUAUCUUGUUUCAUCAUAACUAAUCUAAGAUAUUUUCUCAAUUAAUCAUGUACAGUGUAUAUAGACAUUGGUGAACCAGCACGAUGGGCAAACUCUUGUCAAAAAUUUUUGGCAACAAGGAGAUGCGCAUCCUUAUGCUGGGUCUAGACGCAGCUGGAAAAACUACUAUUCUGUAUAAAUUGAAAUUCGGACAGUCAGUAAAUACCAUACCUACCGUAGGAUUUAAUGUAGAAACUGUUACAUACAGAAAUGUUAAAUUUAACGUUUGGGACGUGGGCGGCCAAGAUAAAAUACGCCCGCUUUGGCGUCAUUAUUAUACUGGAACAGAAGGACUUAUUUUUGUAGUAGACUGUGCAGAUCGAGAUCGAAUUGACGAAGCUCGUCAGGAAUUGCAUCGAAUUAUUAAUGAUAGAGAAAUGCGUGAUGCUAUUAUUUUAGUAUUUGCUAAUAAGCAAGAUCUUCCUAAUGCUAUGAAACCGCACGAGAUUCAAGAGAAAUUGGGAUUAACGAGAAUACGAGAUAGAAAUUGGUAUGUUCAACCGUCAUGUGCCACGACAGGAGAUGGACUUUAUGAAGGCCUUACAUGGUUGACUAGUAAUCAUAAAUUAUGAAUAAUUAGUUAGUCUCUUUUCCUCGUGGUUUCAUACAUCAAAUACACGCCUGCCAUGUGAUUUUACUUUACGCCAACAAAGUCGAGUUUCUGCCAUCGCGCAGAAUAGAAUUAAAUGGCAUUCUCGUCCGCCGCAAAUGAACGAAUAAACGUGAAGGAAUGUGAAUCUAAUGUACAAUGGCGUUUCAGUAAUGUAUAGAGUGGGUAGAAAAAAGGUCCCAUUCACACGAUCUAUCAUUUAACAAUGAACCGCAAAUGUCUUAUUGAAAUUAUCGGUUCAAUCUUUCGUUGCGUAAUAUACCCAAAUCAUUAAACACAACAUGUUGAACGCGAGGUACACUGAAAAUUAUUAAAAUCAACAAAAUCGUUAGAUAAUCAUCUGUUCAUAAAUUUACAUCUUCACUACUUUAGUCUAAGGUAGGAUUCUUUUUGCAAUAUAAAUAUUUUAUCGUUUUGUUUAUACAGUUUUAAUUUUUCAAAAUAUUUAGAAGGGAAAAAACAUUCAAAAAAAUAACAAAAAAAUACUAAGUAAAAUCCUCGCACAGCCAUUGACUUCUAUAUAAUAUUAAUAUGUACUAUUAAGACGUACUAUAAAAUAAAACAAGGAAAAUUAAUUAAAAAUCUUUAUAAUAUAGGAAUGAUUUGUUUAAUUUUAAUUAUACUUUUGUUUUAAUAACAUUCAUACAUAUUUAGUUGUGAUGUAAAAAUUUAUUAGUUUUCUGUUCCAAAUAUUUUUACGUGCUUGUAAGAAUAUCUUUACACAUAAAAGCAAUGAAAUAAAUUUAAAAAUAGAUUUAUUUAUUUAAAACAAAUAGUUUGAGUCAAUUGAUAAUUCAUAAAUAAUUGAGCCAAUAUGUU